AGCCCCUCUACUUAAGGCCCCUGGGGGCAGGCUGGGCUCAGAUCAGGCCUGUGACCAUGGCUUUCACAGACCUGCUGGAUGCCCUGGGCGGUGUGGGCCGGUUCCAGCUGCUCUCCACCACCCUGCUGUUGCUGCCCUGCGGGCUGUUGGCCUGCCACAACUUCCUGCAGAACUUCACAGCCGCCAUGCCGCCCCAUCACUGCUGGGUACCUGCCAACCUCACCGAGGACACCGCCAACACUUCGGGUGCCUGGUUAAGGGCCAUGGUACCUCUGGACCGGCGUGGGCUCCCCGAAUCGUGCCGGCGCUUCACUGAGCCUCAGUGGGCCCUCCUGCACCCCAACGCCUCUAGCCUCGGGGCUGCCACAGAAAGCUGCAAGGACGGCUGGGUCUAUGACCGCAGUGUCUUCCCGUCUACCAUCGUGAUGGAGUGGGACCUCGUGUGUGAGGCCCGCACGCUGCGGGACCUGGCUCAGUCCAUCUACAUGGCUGGGGUGCUGGUGGGUGCUGCCGUGUUUGGUGGCCUGGCAGACAGGCUGGGCCGCAAGGCGCCCCUGAUCUGGUCCUACCUGCAGCUGGCGGUCUCGGGGGCUGCCACGGCCUACGUGAGCUCCUUCCGCGCCUACUGUGUCUUCCGCUUCCUGAUGGGCAUGACUUUCUCGGGCAUCAUCCUCAACUCGCUCUCGCUGGUGGUGGAGUGGAUGCCAGCGCGGGGCCGAACAGUGGCGGGCAUCUUGCUGGGCUUCUCCUUCACCCUGGGGCAGCUUGUCCUGGCUGGAGUGGCCUACCUCAUCCGGCCCUGGCGCUGGCUGCAGUUGGCUGUCUCAGCGCCCUUCCUGGUCUUUUUCUUCUAUUCUUGGUGGCUUCCAGAGUCGGGUCGUUGGCUCCUGCUGCACGGCAAGUCCCAGCAAGCUUUGCAGAACCUGCGCAAGGUGGCAGCGAUGAAUGGGAAAAAGGAGGAAGGCGAGAGGCUGACCCAGGAGGUGGUGAACUCCUACAUCCAGAGUGAGUUUGCGAGCGUCCGCACCUCCAGCUCCAUCCUGGACCUCUUCCGAACUCCAGCCAUCCGCAGGGUCACAUGCUGCCUCGUGGGGGUCUGGUUCUCCAACUCCGUGGCAUACUACGGCCUGGCCAUGGACCUGCACAAGUUUGGGCUCAGCAUCCACCUGGUACAGGCUCUGUUUGGGGUCAUUGACAUCCCAGCCAUGCUGGUGGCCACUGCCACCAUGAUCUACGUGGGUCGCCGGGUCACAGUGGCCUCCUUCCUCAUUAUGGCCGGGCUCAUGGUGAUCGCCAACAUGUUUGUGCCCGAAGCCAUGCAGACCCUGCGCACCACCCAGGCGGCCCUCGGCAAAGGCUGCCUGGCUAGCGCCUUCAUCUGCGUGUACUUGUUCACGGGCGAGCUGUACCCCACGGAGAUCAGGCAGAUGGGCAUGGGCUUCUCUUCGGUCAGCGCCCGCCUCGGGGGCCUAGCCGCACCCCUGGUCACCACACUCGGGGAGGUCAGUGCCUUCCUGCCACCCGUGAGCUUCGGGGCCACCUCGAUCCUGGCCGGGCUCACGGUGCUCUGCUUCCUGACCGAGACCCGCAACAUGCCGCUGCUGGAGACAAUCGAGGCGAUGGAGAGGAGAGGCCGAGCAGGCCGUCGUGGGACAGCCACAGGAGGGAAGACUGAGGACGUCUCUCAGCCGCUGGAAGCUUCGCCCCUCAAACAUGCCAUCUAA